CCAUCUCAUCCUCAACAACUCCAACUCCAGCAGCUCAGCAUCUGCCCAUCAACGACCAACCUCAGCCUUCGGCCUCUCCUAGAGCUCCCCUCUCUUAGUAGUGCUAGACUUCUGGCGCCUCGACUCUUAUAAGAAGCAAGCCCAAGCGAUAGACCCACUGGCCGUUGUUGCGACAUCGAGUCGCGGCCCGUCCGCCCUGGCCACGACGCCAGAAUCACCUCGCCUCAUGUUCUCGGCAGCAGCCAAGAUGUAACGAGCCCCUCACGCAACCGCAAGAUGCAGCCCACACCAUCCAAUACGGGACGGCCCCAGGGCCGAGCUCCCGGCAGCUUCUCUCCCUUGCCCGGGGUGCCGCGAUCGUCCAUCGACCUGCCGGGAUCAUCAUCGCGACCACCUCCCCUGCGCAUUGUUGACUCGCCCAGCAGCGAGGAGGGCACGCCCGCCAUUGUCAUUCCAAAGACUCGACAGCACAGCGGCGGCAACCCGCCUUCCACGCCCAUAUACCAACAGUUCGCCAGCCAUGCGUUCUCCAGCAGCGCCAGCGUCCAACAGAGCUAUCCUCGCCCAAGCGCACCCCGAACCGCGCCUCAGGGAGCGUCGUCCCCAGUUCUGAAGACGCAUUCGAGGAAACACGCUGCCACUCAAGGCAUGUUCGAGCCAUCGUUGCCAUCAACCAGCACAUCCAACCUAUCCCAGAUCGGAAUGAACCACAGCGGCCAACCUGGUGGUCCAGCGACUGGAGGAUUGUCUGCCAGCGCGAUUGCUGCGCAAGCGGCCGUAAUGUCGCAUCAGAACAUCCUCCAGUCGCGCCAGCGAUCGCAGACGGCCCCAGAAACCGAAGGCGCGAGGAGAGGGAGCGGGAGCAAAGGCCCUAUAAGCCCCCCCACAUUGAGCCUGACGGAGGCCAGUGCGCCGCGGGAAUCAGCCUUCAAUAUAUCAGGAGGAGGAGCACAUCAAGACAGGCUUGGAGCCGCCGCCAUGCAGUCUUCCGCCGCUGCUACGGCUGCGGCCAAUGUCGUGUUCCCCCGGUCUGGCGGUAAUUCUCCAAGAGAGCCUUCCGUAUCUCCUCAGCCACAACCAUUCCCGUCUUUGCCUGCUGCGACUUCCGCUUCAACUAUUUCGGAGAAGCCUCUCUCCAAAUCUGAAAAGGCAAAGGCAAAGCUCUUCUCACGGCCAUCAAAAAUUAGCGCCAAAGACACCAAGGAAAAGGCGUUGCCAAGCCCGGGCAAGAUUGGCUCAGCAUUAUCAGCUCUCCAGAGAGGCAACUUCAGCUCAACCAAUCUCACAGACUCUGCUAGCCAAUCCUUUUAUAACCUUAACAAUUCAUCUUCAGCAACCAUUCGGCCAAGUGAAGCUACCGGGGAGGAAAAAGCUAAAGAGAAAGAGAAGAAGCAUCACUUCCUAUCAAGACAGAAGCAGAAGCUCAAGGACGAGUAUCAUUUACCGCUCUCCUCAGCCGCUAGCAAUUCAAGACCUACGGAUCCAAAUGCACCGAGCAGUCUUUACAAUUUCAGCGUCCCUGCCAGCCCGGGUCCUACAUCUUCUACUUUUGCAAAAGCCAAGAAGGAUAAAAAGAAUGCUGAAAGAUCGGAUAGCCGCAUGGACAGUGAAUCGGUGCCCGGAGAUUGGCCUGGAAGUAGCAGCUUGCCAUCCAUGUCACAGCAAUCAAGCAUCUUAUCCGAUACAUUGGAUGGUGUCAAGUCAGUGCUGACAGGCCUGGCUAUGGACGAUGCAUGGAAUUAUUUAAAGCCGAAGCUUCUUGUCAUUUUCCAAGGCGAAGAUAUUCGCCUCCCGGUUGAAGACAUUAACCGCAUUGUUAGCCUGCAUAUUCAAUGGUGUGUCCAUAAGAGGUCACCGAACAAAAUGCUAGAGGACCUUCGAGAGCUGCUCUCAUUGGGCUUCGCUACAAUGGAUAAAACUCUGCGGAGAAUGCCAGAAGAGCGCUUCAUGCCAACUCUCGUAGACAAUUGGCUCGUUACUUUCACUUCCAUCUUGCCUUACAUGCAAGCGGCAUUGCUGCCCCUUGAUCUGGAGGUCUCAGGCUGUGGGACUAUCAUGACGCCUGAACAGGCACGCGACUUUUGGGGCGGCGUUGUCACUGCUCCCUCUCCUGCAGCAGGGCAAUCAGCACAGGUGCUGCCUGCAGCGACUGCUCUCGAUGUAAGACGCCUAGUUUUGACGGCCUACCGUGACACCGUCAUCCUGUCGCGCUAUGAUACUCUCAAAACAAUAUUCUCUCGCCUCUCUCUCGAGUUUCUUCCUUCGGCGUGGGCAAAUAUGGCGCUCGCGUCUCCUCCUUUGGAAGCUACCCUCUCCACAUCGCCUCCCGAAUCCUUCUUCUCCAUGGCUCGUCCAGGCACGGCCAUGUCUAUCGAUCCUUCAGUUGGCUCGUACAAUUCCACUAGCACUACCUUGCUGGGGGACGGCUCUGCCGGCAGCCGCAGUCGAGCUGUGAGCAACGUCAGUCUUGGUAGCCGCGGUAGCGAUGGGGUGAUUCGCCCCUAUACCCCAUCAGGCAUGCAGGCCCUCAGCAGUGUCCGUGAGCAAAAUGUUGAGGACUCGAAGCAAGUAGCUGAUAUGGUGGGCCGGAUGUUCCAGUGCAUGAGCGUCCUCUCAAGCAUCGGUGGCGUUGGUGGCGACCUAGACGACGCGAGUAACAGGAAGAUGGUUGAGCUUUGCAAGAUGCUUAAGCUCAACUGGCUAGGUAGAGGUAGGACAGGGCGUAACAGGAUGGGUAUAGUUGGUGGCAGAGUUCGAAGAGACGAGAUCCGUGAGGAGUUGCGAGUUGCUUGAGACUUUUUGAUCUGAAGGAUAUCUGGUGUUGUUUUUUACAAUGGAUAGGAGAAUAGGGAGUUUUUCGUUUUCAUUUUGGGAGAGAAUAUAUAACUACUCCGUACUACAAUGUGGAAUGCUUUUGUUCAUUUGAUUUUUGAUAGGAAGAAGAGACAUACGUACCUAGCAGCUUAUACAUUUUCCUCGAGUUGUGUUUACAUAGUGUGUGGCGUUGAUUCAGCGGGUGCAGGACACGAAGAGGGUUUCCCCAAUAGAAGAAGAGAAAGAAAAAUGGUCUUAAUAAUAACAUAUCAAACAUACAUAGCUACUAGAGAACCUACGCAGGC